AGCCCGGCCCGGCCCGGCCGCAGCCGCCGCGCCGCAUCAUGCCGCAUCCCGCGGCGCCCCUCGGGGCCGCCCUGCUGCUCGUCCUGCUAGCGGCGGACUCCUCGCAGACCGUGCUGCUGCGCGCCCCGGAGGCUGCCCAGUUCCUGCGGCAGAGGCAGCGGCGAGCCUACCAGAUCUUCGAGGAGACCAAGCAAGGGCACCUGGAGAGGGAGUGCGUGGAGGAGCACUGCAGCAAGGAGGAGGCCCGGGAGGUGUUUGAGAACGACCCGGAGACGGAGUAUUUUUACCCGAAAUACUUGGCUUGUAUUCAGAAAUAUGGGUCACCGUAUACAAGAAGUCCAGAUUUCCUUACAUGCGUUCAUAAUUUGCCAAACCAGUGUUCUCCUGAUCCUUGUCACAAAGAGGGGACUGUCAAAUGUGAGGAUCUCAAGGGGGACUUCUAUUGUGAAUGCAAGCGUGGCUGGCAGGGGAAAACAUGUGAAAAAGAUAUUGAUGAAUGCAGAACGCAGAACGGUGGCUGUAGCCAGGUCUGUCUCAACAAGCUAGGCAGCUACCGUUGCUCAUGCAACAGUGGUUACACUCUUAAAGACAGCAAAAUAUGUGAAGACAUAGAUGAAUGCGCAGCAUCAGCAGACAUCUGUGGAGAAGCUCAUUGUAAAAAUUUAGUAAGCUCGUAUGAAUGCCUUUGUGACCCAGGCUACAAGUAUGAUGACGUGAAAAAAACUUGUCAGGAUAUAGAUGAAUGUGAAGAAAAGCUCUGUGAACAGACCUGUGUCAACUCACCAGGGAGUUAUACCUGUCAUUGUGAUGGCAGAGGGGGAGUGAAACUUUCCCAGGAUAUGAAUACGUGUGAGAACAUCAUACCGUGUGUGCCUUUUGCUGUUGGAAGAAGUAUUAAAUCCUUGUACCUGGGGAGGAUGUUCAGCGGCACUCCUGUUAUCAGGCUGCGCUUCAAAAGGAAACAACUGACGAGACUUGUGGCUGAGUUCGACUUUAGAACCUUUGAUCCUGAAGGUAUCCUUUUCUUUGCUGGAGGCCAUCAAGACAGCACAUGGAUAGUCUUGGCAUUGCGCAAAGGACGGCUAGAGCUGCAGCUGAAAUACAAUGGAAUAGGGCGUGUGACGAGCACUGGACCUCUUAUCAACCAUGGCAUGUGGCAAACGAUCUCUGUUGAAGAACUCGAAAGAAAUUUAAUUUUAAAGGUCAACAGGGAUGCAGUUAUGAAAAUAGCUGUCUCAGGGGAUCUGUUUACUCUAUACAAAGGAGUGUAUCAGCUGAAUUUGACAGUAGGAGGCAUUCCUUUCAAAACAAAGGACCUUAUUCUACCCAUAAACCCUCGGCUGGAUGGUUGCAUGCGGGCAUGGAACUGGCUGAAUGGGGAGGACACCUCUAUCCAAGAGACCAUAAAGAUGAAUGAAAAGAUGCAGUGCUUUGCUGUAGCAGGACGAGGGUCUUUCUAUCCUGGCCGAGGUUUUGCUGUGUUUAAUCUUACUUAUGUGCAACCUUCUUCUGGAAAUGAAACCAAGAAGAACUGGGAAAUAGAAGUAAAUGCUGUAAUUCAACCAGCAACAGAUACUGGUGUGCUAUUUGCUCUAGUUACGGAAGAAGCAUCUGUCCCUUUAUCACUGUCUCUGAUUGACUAUCACUCCACAAAGAAACUGAAACAACAGUUUAUCACUGUGGCCUUGGAGAACAUAGUUGUAUCCCGACUGGCAAUAAAUCUCUGUGAUAAGAAGGAACACUCUGUGGACAUCAUCCUCAAGAAAGAUCACUUAUCCCUGAAGGUAGAUGGGAUAGCAGGAGAAAGUGAACUAAGCAUCUCUGAGUUAGAGGACAGUCUAUCUAUCUUGGAGAGCUCUUUGCAAUCACCGGUGAAGACAUAUGUGGGAGGAUUGCCAGACGUUCCUGUCACUUCUACUCCGGUCACCGCGUUCUACCAUGGCUGCAUGACUGUCAAGCUGAGCAACAAGGCACUGGACUUAGAUGAGGCUCUCUACAAGCACAGUGACAUCACCUCACAUUCCUGUCCUCCAGUCGAGGCAGGUCUGUAGGUACCACUACAGUGCGAAAGUUUUAUACUCAGAAACUUUCAAUGCUUUUUUUUAAAGAUAUAAAUUAUUCAGAUCUACCGCACUGCGUGUAUAGUUUCUCUUAAACACUGAAGUUAUGUAGGAGCUACUGAUCCUUAUGUCAGAUUGAUUAUUGAAAUACUCUUUGCUUUGAGGUUUAAAGGUUGUAAUAUAUUUGUAAAUAGUUCAGAAGACUAAUAUUAAAUAAGUCAGAAGUACAGAAUAUACCAAAAGCGAAUGUUAUCUUUAGACUGUAAGAGACAGUUUUAUCUGUAAUGUGCAAAACACGGUAAUAUAUGAGUGUGGACUGGAAGAAAAAUAAUAAUUCUGUAUUUUUUUUUUAUUACCAAACACUGCUUUCUGAUUUGCAAAAUACGAGAGAAUAAAAUAUUUACAUACAAGUUUUUAA